GCUGCGGAGCAGAGAGGACGCUGUGCUGCCGAGCGCAGGAUCGGGCUGAGUGAUGGUUGAAUCCGCUGCAGGGGGAUGCCGUGGAUCAAGAGGGGGGUCGUUCGGCUCGCUUCCAUUCUGCUGCGGGUUUUCCGCGACUGUAUUUUAUCACUCCCCAGUGUGCUCUCCUGUGGGAUUUCCCACCGUCGUCCGUGACAAUUACCCUGUGAGGGCUUUCGGGGCAGGACCCAGGGAGUGGGCGCUGCAGCAUCCGGGAGCUUCAGGAUCUCUGGGUGAGGCUGAACCAUUCACACCGCCAAUUCUCUCAACAUAACCAAGCUGGCUUUUGCCCUGCAACUCUACGAGGAUCGUCCACAUGCUGACCUAUCUUCAGAAUCCUGAGAAAAUUAGAGACAGACCAAGCGUAGAAACCACAGAAGACAUGCCUACUGAUAGGAAUUUCUUCCAGAUGCCCCAGCUCUUGGGAGCAGAAGAGCAGGAUGGAUCAUGUGAGAGAUUUGUGUCAUUUGAUGAUGUGACUGUGGACUUCAGCCAGGAGGAGUGGCAGCACCUGGACUCUGCCCAGAGACACCUGUACCAGGAGGUGAUGCUGGAGAUCUACAGCCACCUCUUGUCAGUGGGUAAAUUGCAGCUUGACACACAACAUCAACAAAUAUUUGUGAAAGCUUCAUUUCUAAGUGGUGCGGCCAGUGAAGUCACAAGACGUGGCCCCUCACAUUGCUCCGUGUUAGAGAAACUGUGGCAGGAUGAUGAUACUGCUGCAAAGACAGACCAGCAAAGCCAGGGCCUACCCGUAUGUCCUGAUGCUUUCCGAAACCAGAAAAUCCUGAACAUAGACAGUGCUUGUGACUAUGAAGAAACUGGAGAAUCUACUCUUUUGGAACCCCAUCUCAUUUCUACACAAUAUGUACCUCCAACAGCAAAUAAUGACAGUCAAAGCAAUACCAUAAAGCAGCUUAAUGAUAUUAUUGGAUCGCAUCAGUUUUUUACACAAGGCUCUUCUAAUGGUCUAUGUACAGAGAGUCAGUUUGGAAACAUACUUUCUCCUAUUCCACCACUUAUGGAUCAUGAAAUUAAUUUUCAAGACAAAACAAUUGAAUAUACUGGAUGUGAGAAGGUCUUCACUGGUGAGACAGCUUUCUGUCAACAGCAAAUAACUAACAAUAUGGAGACAUCUUUUAUCUGUCACACAUGUGGGAAAACCUUUCUUCAUAAAUCUAAAUUGACCCCCCAUUCAGAAGCUCAAAGAGACGAGACACCUUAUGAAUGUCCUGACUGUGCCAAAUCACUGAGAGGUGCGUCUAGCCUGCAAGUGCUCCGUGGAAUCCAGACAAAGGAGAAGCCUUAUGAAUGCCACGUGUGUGGGAAAUCGUUCAGUUACACGUCCCACCUAAAGGUUCACCUUCGAACACACACUGGUGAGAAACCUUAUGCAUGUUCUGACUGUGGAAAAGCCUUCAGCCAAAAGUCAGUCCUCACCAUACAUCAGAGAAUUCACACUGGAGAAAAGCCGUACACGUGCAGUGACUGUGGGAAGAUGUUUGUUUGUGCUUCAGAUCUAACCAAGCAUUGUCGAUUUCACACAGGGGAAAAGCCUUAUGAGUGCCCUGACUGUGGGAAAUCUUUCAGCAUUAAAUCUAACUUGCUUGCACACCAUCGAAUUCACACCAGUGAAGGACCUUACAAAUGCUUUGACUGUGGAGAAUCAUUCAGGAAAAUAUCCCAAUUGAAGGUACAUCAUCAAAUUCACACUGAUGGUAGAUCUUUUGUAUGUUCUGACUGUGGAAUGGCCUUCAGCCAAAAGUCAGUCCUCACUACACAUCAGAGAAUUCACAGUGGAGAGAAAUGUUACCCGUGUAGUGAUUGUGGGAAGUUGUUUCUUUAUGCUUCAGAUCUGAAGAAGCAUUGCCGAUUUCACACAGGGGAGAAGCCUUACAAAUGCCAUGACUGUGGGAAAUCAUACAGUGUGAAGUCGCACCUACACGUCCAUCAUCGAAUUCACACCGGUGAGAGACCUUACAAGUGUGAUGAUUGUGGGAAGUCAUUCAGAAGAAACUCUCACCUACAAAUGCAUCAGCAAACUCACACUGGUGAGAAGCCUUACAAAUGCUCUGACUGUGGGAAGUCUUUCCGGAGAGCAUCCCACCUCAAGGUACAUCAUCGGAUUCACACUGGGGAGAAACCUUUUGUGUGUUCUGAGUGUGGAAAAGCUUUCAAUGAUAGGUCAGUUCUUAGCACACAUCAGAGAAUUCACACUGGAGAGAAGCCUUACAUAUGCAGUGACUGUGGCAAAGCAAUGUCUUCCAAAGCCAAUCUCAAAGAGCAUCAACGGAUUCACACAGGCGAGAAACCAUAUGUGUGUGCUGAAUGUGGGAAGGCCUUCAGUGAUAAGUCUUCUUUUUAUAGACACUGUAAAAUUCACAGUAGGGGCAAACCCUUUGUCCAUAACAAAGGUGAAAAGGGUUUCAUGCAGAAUUCACAAGUGACUUCCUAUGAGCAAGCUCAGAGUGCAGAGAAACUAUAGUGAUUCUCUGCCUAUGGGAAAUCCGUCAUUGCUGUGUAUCAGCAGAAGGCAUAUAGUCAAGAUCACACAUAUUCCCAUUCCUGAAGCUAUGAGACAUUGUUCAUCAAUUCUAGGUGCAGCAUCCAUGCAAUACUGAAAAGAGACAUGUAUUGUGAAUGUAGAAAGUUCCUCAGAAUCAUGUCAUUUCAAUGGACUCAAGUACUCAUACCUGGCACUCAUCAUACAAAAGAAUUAUUGUAGAGUCAAUUCCUCAUCCAUUUCCCUCAUCAAAAUAUGCCCCUUAGUUUUAGUGAAAAUUUAUUUAUCAACAGAUCUGAAUGAGACGAGAAAGAUGCAAUACUCAGUUGGUAAAAUCUUUGUCUUCUGUACACCACAGGCAAACACACACACAUAACAUGCCACAGGUGUCUAUACACAAUACAUAUACAAACUUUAUACAAGCCAUAGUCCAUAGUUUUUUUUUUAAAAAAAAAAGCUAUGUAUUGCUUGUUUAAACAUAAAUAUAUGUUCAAAAAAUAUUAAUCAACUUAUAGGAAGAAGCACAAAUACCUGUAUUGUAGUAGAUAUUUUAUGGAUUGUGUUUCUUUGCAUGUUGAAGAAAUGUUGACUAAUAUUUGAGACCUAAAGUUAAGGUUACAAGGUUUUGAGGCUUUAUAGAAAAGUUUAUUGGAAAUUACAUCAAUAAUACAUCAAUUUUUUUUAUUUGUUUGAUGUGGGAUUUAUUUUUCGGGGUCUCACUAUGUAGCUCAGGCUGUACUGGAAUUCACUAUAUAGACCAGACUGGCCUUGAAAUCACAGAUAUCUGCCUGCUUCUGCCUCCCAAGGGGUAGGAUUAAAGAUGAGCACUAGUGUGCCUGGCUGGAUAGUAAUAUUUUUAUUCUUAUUUUCAUUAAUGAAUUAAUUUACUUUACAUUCUGGUCAGAACUUUCCCUCUCUCUCACCUUCUUUCCCUACUCCCCCCUCCUCCUUUUCUCCUUCGAAAAGGGGAGGCCUCCCAUGGAUAUCAAGGCCUAUCAAGUUGCAGUAGGACUAGGUACAUCUUCUGUUGAGGCUAGACAAGGUAGUCCAGUUAGGGGAAAUGGAGGCAACUGAGUCAGAGAGAGCCCUUGCUCCUAUUGAUAGAGGUCCCACAUGAAUACCAAACUGCAUAUCUGUUACAUAUGUGUAGGAUGCCUAGGUCCUUCCCACGCAUGCUCUCUUCUUGGUGGUUCAGUCUCAGCAAGCCCCUAUAGACUCAGGUUAGUUAAUUCUGUGUUUUUUUGUUUUUUUGUUUUUGUGAUGUCCUUGACCUCUCUGGCUCCUUCAAUCCUUCCUCCCUUUCUUCUACAAGAUGAUACUAAUAUUUUUAAAUGUCACAAAACUUUCUUCAUUUCUGUCUAGGAAGAGACAGCUUGUGCUGGGCUUGUCCCUAGCAUGUUGGACAGCAGACAAAGUAGCUAGUUUUUACUUCCUAGGCCUUUCACUAGAUUUCUUACCACCAUGUCCAGUCUCAGGUUCCUAGAGAUCAGCACCUUCAGGGUGCCAUUUGAGAAGAGAUACAGAAACCCAGACUAUUCAUGAACUGAUGCCAGUGCCUCCACAGCCCAUCUGUGCUGGCGUGAGUAAUGUUUCUCCUUGAUUCAUGUUAUUCCAGAACCUCAGAAGAUGGCCUCGUAAAAAUGGCUUCUUUGGAGAAGUAACUUAGGAUGCAGGCAAACUUGGUCAAGGUUGGUCACUAGCCAGGGUUAGUGACAUACUUAUGAAAAAGCCAUGUAAAGAUGCAUGGAUAUUGGAAGACAGGAUCAUUGAGGCAGAGAUUUCAGUGACAUCUCUGAGCCAUGGAAUGUUGGUGACUUAGCAAGAGAAGCUUAAAAAAAAAAAAAAAAAAAGAACAGAAUGAUUUUUCCCUUGGUAUUUUCAAAAUGAGCCAUCCCUUCGCCAAUAUAUUGAUUUCCACAUUCUACCCUCAAACAUGGUGAGAAAAUAAGUUUUUAUUGUUUGGUCAACUAUUCUAAGCCAAUCUAGGAAGACCAAUAGAGGGCUCUGGGAUGCCCAUGUCAACUCAUGGCCUGCCUUCCUGGUUCUGCAUCUCGGUACCUUCCUUAAUCAUUGUUUUCUUGUCAACUGUUCCUGAACUUAUGUGCUCCCAUGUUCUCUCUUGGGUUCCUAUGUUCUUAGCUCCUCUUUUACUACGCUUGUUUUGUGUUGCUAUUCUUCCUAUGAAACAAUGGCCCUAACCUAUCAGGUAUCUACUUAUGGUUCACAAAUCCCCUAUGUCCCUCAGUUUUUCUUUCAUUGAGACCCUCUAGACAUGAAUAUUCCUUAUUGGUUCAGACCAUGUAUUUCUUAUUUAUUUCACUUUUCUUGUCGGGUUUUGGGUGGGGUGUCUUAGGGGUUUUUGUUUUUGAGACCGAGUCUCAUGUAGUCCAGGUUAUAUUCUAAUUUCAGUAUAGCAGAGGAUGACUAUGAAAUCUUGAAUCUUCUAUGUCUACCUCCCAAGUGCUAGGAUUAUCAAGGUGUGCCACUACCUUGGCCAAAUGAUACUUUUACAAAAAAAGACACAUAAUGUCACCCAUCCAACAGGUACUUACAAUGUAAGUCUGACUACAAUAACUACUGAAAGAUGAGUCUGUCCCUAUCAUCUUCAAGUUCAAUGAGUAAAAUAUAACAGAAAUAACAUGGUGUUUGAGGCGACACUAAACACAGUAGAGUGUCUACAUUUCUUAUCUGAAUGCCUGUUCAUGAAGCCUUCACCUGCCAUUUAGUAAAUCAAGUCAUACUGAGGCCAGUAUACUAUGAGAAAAUCCUAUUGAGCCAAUGUGGAGAGGCCCAGAGGUGAUCAUAAAACACAUGAAGAUUGAUCCAGGACAUCAUUCCUAUGGUUGGGACUUGAAUUAUACCUCAUCAGCUGUAUGGAAAACCAGUACCACACCAUCUCGAUGAUCCUUCCCAGAUUUCUGACAAUGUGAACCUUGUAAUCAGAAUAUUCUCCCUUGUCUACACCAAUCACCCUGUCGUGUGUAAUUUUAAAAGGCAUACUGCCUCCUUUGUCCGGGGCCGUGCUCCAGGCUAAGCUCUAAAGCCAGCUUUGCCAAGCCACCAUCAACCACCCUGUCUUCUCUCUCCUUCCCACCUUAACUCCUCAGAAGGAAAACUCUAGACUGCUUUAUUAUUCUAAACUAUGCCAGAUAACAACUUUUAGGCCUAGAAAUCUCUAGUCCUGAUCUUAUCAGCUAUCCUAUAUCAGCCAUCUGCUGGUGGCAGAGGCUACCGGUUCUGGUCAACCCUAGCCUUCUAAACCCCCAGUAAUUAUCUUUCCUAGUAAGCAACUCAACAAGAGUUCUGAUUGUAGUGGGAAUUAGGACUGUCAGCUAUGCUGGAUUGUAGUACUAAGACUGCUGUGACACAAGCUUAGUGUUUUAUGACUGAGUCUGGUUCUUACAUCUCCAGAACCAGGUAUGAAGGCAUCCUAUAGCACUUGUGCUAAAUCUGAACACCAACAUUACGACCUCCAGUUAACACCAGGCUCAUGGUGAGUUGUCCUCCCUACUCCUGCUACAAUCCAUGGAUAUGAAGUCUACAACUUCCCUAUGACAGUAGCAACUUGCUGAGGGCAGUGCUGAGAACUCACCUGUACUGGGUCCCACAAGAACUAAGACUAAGUUCUGACUUCUCCAAACCAUCUCAUCUCAGAGCAGCAUUCAAUGUGGAAAAUGAGGCAGAGUUUGAGUUCAUGAAGCAGAUCUUCAUAUGCACCACAAUGCCAUCUGCUAAGGGGUCUGGUCUUCUUUUAGAAAUGUGGAUGAGGCUGAAGGAAACUGCUAACUGGACCCUGGGUCCUUCCUCUUAAUGUCAGGGUUUGGAGUGUGUGUGUGUGUGUGUAUCUCCAGAUCUUCCUUUAUAUCUGAUCAACUCAGGUGUCACCCAACCUUAAAUCCAACUACUAUACAAAUUACAGAAAUAGGAUUUUCUCACUUUUUUUUUUU